UGCGGAGGGCGGGGAGGAGGGAGCCUGUCCUUUUGGAGGCGGCUGCGCAGCGGGCAGUCGGGGCGCUCGUGGGAAACGCUCGCAGGAGAGUUGGGGAGGAAUUGAGACUGGGAGCAGAGGGACAGGAAGAGUGGAGCGGAGACUGCUUGGCGGGCGGGUGCCCCGAAGCCUGAGGAGUUGAUGCAUAGUCGGGGUGCGCGGACUCCAGGACGCCCCCCUUUGCAGAAAGAGUCCGUGCCCCGCUGCCGCCUUCUCUGGGCAGCGGCCGUCGGGCAGCGGGUGCUGGCCGUCUUGGCCGGGAGGGUGACACACGCCAGGCGGUGAUGGUCGAGGAACCCGCCCGGGUUCGACGCCCGGGUCCCACCCGCCGGCGCGCGGCCGUGGCUCUGCCGGUCGCUCCCCGCCAGGGGGCGGCGCAGCGCCGGGCGAGCGGGAGGCGACGGGCGGCGGCGCGGAGGCCGGGGCCGUGAGGGAGCUGGCUCCGAGUCGCCGACCUCACCUCACCUCACCUGCGCACGUUGUUGCCCCUACGGAGCCUCCUGGAGUCCAGGAUCGGCGGAGUUCGAAAACGAACUUCCCACGUUUGCUAUGUUGCCCUUUGGAGACAAAACAAGAGAAAUGGUCAACGCAUGGUUUGCUGAGAGAGUUCACACCAUCCCUGUGUGCAAGGAAGGUAUCAGAGGCCACGCCGAAUCUUGCUCUUGUCCCUUGCAGCAGAGUCCUCGUGCAGAUAACAGCGCCCCUGGAACACCAACCAGGAAAAUCUCUGCCUCUGAAUUUGACCGGCCUCUUAGACCCAUUGUUGUCAAGGAUUCUGAGGGAACUGUGAGCUUCCUCUCUGACUCAGAAAAAAAGGAACAGAUGCCUCUAACCCCUCCAAGGUUUGAUCAUGAUGAAGGGGACCAGUGCUCAAGACUCUUGGAAUUAGUGAAGGAUAUUUCUAGUCAUUUGGAUGUCACAGCCUUAUGUCACAAAAUUUUCUUGCAUAUCCAUGGACUCAUCUCUGCUGACCGCUAUUCCCUGUUCCUUGUCUGUGAAGACAGCUCCAAUGACAAGUUUCUUAUCAGCCGCCUCUUUGAUGUUGCUGAAGGUUCAACACUGGAAGAAGCUUCAAAUAACUGUAUCCGCUUAGAAUGGAACAAAGGCAUUGUGGGACAUGUGGCAGCACUUGGUGAGCCCUUGAACAUCAAAGAUGCAUAUGAGGAUCCUCGGUUCAAUGCAGAAGUUGACCAAAUUACAGGCUACAAGACACAAAGCAUUCUUUGUAUGCCAAUUAAGAAUCACAGGGAAGAGGUUGUUGGUGUAGCCCAGGCCAUCAACAAGAAAUCAGGAAACGGUGGGACAUUUACUGAAAAAGAUGAAAAGGACUUUGCUGCUUAUUUGGCAUUUUGUGGUAUUGUUCUUCAUAAUGCUCAGCUCUAUGAGACUUCACUGCUGGAGAACAAGAGAAAUCAGGUGCUGCUUGACCUUGCUAGUUUAAUUUUUGAAGAACAACAAUCAUUAGAAGUAAUCCUGAAGAAAAUAGCUGCCACUAUUAUCUCUUUCAUGCAAGUGCAGAAAUGCACCAUUUUCAUAGUGGAUGAAGAUUGCUCCGAUUCUUUUUCUAGUGUGUUUCACAUGGAGUGUGAGGAAUUAGAAAAAUCAUCUGAUACAUUAACAAGGGAACACGAUGCAAACAAAAUCAAUUACAUGUAUGCUCAGUAUGUCAAAAAUACUAUGGAACCACUUAAUAUCCCAGAUGUCAGUAAGGAUAAAAGAUUUCCCUGGACAACUGAAAAUACAGGAAAUGUAAACCAGCAGUGCAUUAGAAGUUUGCUCUGUACACCUAUAAAAAAUGGAAAGAAGAAUAAAGUUAUAGGGGUUUGCCAACUUGUUAAUAAGAUGGAGGAGAAUACUGGCAAGGUUAAGCCUUUCAACCGAAAUGACGAACAGUUUCUGGAAGCUUUUGUCAUCUUUUGUGGCUUGGGGAUCCAGAACACACAGAUGUAUGAAGCAGUGGAGAGAGCCAUGGCCAAGCAAAUGGUCACAUUGGAGGUUCUGUCGUAUCAUGCUUCAGCAGCAGAGGAAGAAACAAGAGAGCUACAGUCGCUAGCGGCUGCUGUGGUGCCAUCUGCCCAGACCCUUAAAAUUACUGACUUUAGCUUCAGUGACUUUGAGCUGUCUGAUCUGGAAACAGCACUGUGUACAAUUCGGAUGUUUACUGACCUCAACCUUGUACAGAACUUCCAGAUGAAACAUGAGGUUCUUUGCAGAUGGAUUUUAAGUGUUAAGAAGAAUUAUCGGAAGAAUGUUGCCUAUCAUAAUUGGAGACAUGCCUUUAAUACAGCUCAGUGCAUGUUUGCUGCUCUAAAAGCAGGCAAAAUUCAGAACAAGCUGACUGACCUGGAGGUACUUGCAUUGCUGAUUGCUGCAUUAAGCCACGAUUUGGAUCACCGUGGUGUGAAUAACUCUUACAUACAGCGAAGUGAACAUCCACUUGCCCAGCUUUACUGCCAUUCAAUCAUGGAACACCAUCAUUUUGACCAGUGCCUGAUGAUUCUUAAUAGUCCAGGCAAUCAGAUUCUCAGUGGCCUCUCCAUUGAAGAAUAUAAGACCACGUUGAAAAUAAUCAAGCAAGCUAUUUUAGCUACAGACCUAGCACUGUACAUUAAGAGGCGAGGAGAAUUUUUUGAACUUAUAAGAAAAAAUCAAUUCAAUUUGGAAGAUCCUCAUCAAAAGGAGUUGUUUUUGGCAAUGCUGAUGACAGCUUGUGAUCUUUCUGCAAUUACAAAACCCUGGCCUAUUCAACAACGGAUAGCAGAACUUGUAGCAACUGAAUUUUUUGAUCAAGGAGACAGAGAGAGAAAAGAACUCAACAUAGAACCCACUGAUCUAAUGAACAGGGAGAAGAAAAACAAAAUCCCAAGUAUGCAAGUUGGGUUCAUAGAUGCCAUCUGCUUGCAACUGUAUGAGGCCCUGACCCACGUGUCAGAGGACUGUUUCCCUUUGCUAGAUGGCUGCAGAAAGAACAGGCAGAAAUGGCAGGCCCUUGCAGAACAGCAGGAGAAGAUGCUGAUUAAUGGGGAAAGCGGCCAGGCCAAGCGGAACUGAGUGGCCUAUUUCAUGCAGAGUUGAAGUUUACAGAGAUGGUGUGUUCUGCAAUAUGCCUAGUUUCUUACACACUGUCUGUAUAGUGUCUGUAUUUGGUAUAUACUUUGCCACUGCUGUAUUUUUAUUUUUGCACAACUUUUGAGAGUAUAGCAUGAAUGUUUUUAGAGGACUAUUACAUAUUUUUUGUAUAUUUGUUUUAUGCUACUGAACUGAAAGGAUCAACAACAUCCACUGUCAGCACAUUGAUAAAAGCAUUGUUUGUGAUAUUUCGUGUACUGCAAAGUGUAAGCAGUAUUCUUGCACUGAGGUUUUUUUGCUUGGGGAUUAUUUUAAAUAAUUGGUUUUUGUGUUUUCUGAAUUACCAUUUUUUCAAGAAUGUUUGGAAUCUUUCCUUUUUCAAAAGUAGGUUAGGAGCAAAUUAUCAUACAUUCUGUGACAUUUAAAGCCUUUAUAGGAUAGUGAAAAAUGCUGGCUGAGUGGAUUUUAAGAGAAAUAAUUGUAUUUGUCAACAGUGUCUUUUUUAAAAAGUUAAGGCAUUCUGAAACAAAUGGAAAGUCCUAUGAAACUGUAUUGUAAAGAAAACAUUAGUUAAUUGAUUUGUUGUUUUGUGAGAGAACAGGCAAGAGAGAACUUUGUCACUUCAGUGCAGUACAUUUUUCUAAAGGCUACCCAUAAAAUCACUUUCAUCUCACCUACCUGAUGAUGCAAAGCAGGUGAAACCUUAGGAGAUGAUCCAGUCACUGACUUGAUUGAGGGAUAAGUGUGAUCUAGAAAUGGAAUGGCCUUGGAUGUCUAUCAGUGAAGAAAAAAUGUUCUGUUAGAAGAUCUAAGAGUUUUUUUCCUUCUGAGCUUCCUUUUCAAAAUAAAAGUGACAAUUGUAGCGUUGA